GAGCAUUUCGUUGUAAGUGACUUUAAUUUGCCCCAGGUGUCCAUGCUUUGAGUUAAUCAUGUUCUUUAUUUAAAGGCCUGGGUGACUGAGCACUUCGCGUAGUAUUAUAUCAUGUCUUUAGUGGAUUCUGGUUAUUAUCGUUUGUUUUCCAUGCCGCGAAUGUUCUCGUUUCCCGGUGAAGACCGCGUUUACUUGAAUCAUGAUGACUACGAUGAGCUCAUGUUUUUCCUGGAGGACAGUGAUUAUGACCACGAGUCAGACUUUAUCGAGGAGCAGCACCUUGAACAUUUGGGAUUAACAGCAGAUGAAAAAAAGGAUGCAGAGGAGACAACUGGAAAUAGCUCUGUGCAGUACUUGUGAAGCUCCUAUAGCUUGGAGUAUUGAUCUGUCUAUUAAUUUUGGUGCUGUUCUUUUGAGAGAUUCAAUGAAAUGUAAGGGUCGUAUCAUAACACCAGAAACAUUGAAGUUCAAGUAAUGAGGCAUAUUCAGCAGAACCAGUAGCUUUAUAUUCCAAUGGCUUGUGAUUAUAGUGCUGAAUUUGUCAACAUCUUGGCAAGCAAAGGAAUGGUACUACUGACAUGAUGAAUAUAAAAUAUUAUGCCUAGAUCUCAUCUUUUGGACAAUUUAAACAUAAUUGAGCCAGUGCUCCAUUCCACUGUGCUAGGUGUAUCUGAAAGAGAUGUACUGUUGUCAAUGUGCUAUAAAAUAUAUCCUAACUGUUUUCUCACCCAAGUGGGCUCUUUGGCCAGGAUGUGCACUAAAGUAAGGCAUCUUGGAGUAACUUUUUCUGUUAGUAGUUGCAGGGCUGAAAGGUCUGCCUGUGUUUCUGCUCAGUGGUGUUUUAGUGAGUCCAACUUUGAGGAACCAGUCCUAGAUCCAAAUGCAGAUCUGUAUCCUGGGACCAUGGAAAAAGUUUCUUGUAAAUUUAAAAUCUCAGGCCUGUACUUUUCGUUGCACCCUCAUCCAAUCAGACAUUUCUUUGGGAGGCCUUCGGAGGUAUUGAAUUUAAGUGGCGCACAAAUACACACCCACACGUACACUGACUGACUCUUCUUACAUGUGGAACAUAUUGCAAGCAGAUCUGUACUUUGUACCUCUUAGAACCUGUGCCAUUAAGUCAGACAAAAGAGAAGAUACAAGUAGUAAUACCACUUUGCACAAUGGUUGAGAUUAAGGAGUAUUUUAUUCUUGAAUAUAGUUUUCAUAUUGACUGCUAUGCACCCAUUUAUUUUGAUAGCUUUUUUUCUCCAAAUUUGGUUUACUAUUGGAACUGUGUUUAAUUGGGCACUUGUUUGCAUUCAAUUUCUUUAGUGCCUGUACUGUUUAAAAAAAAAAAAAAAAAAAAAUCCUUAAAUAUUUUUUUUUUGUCAAUGCAAUGUCGUUUGGUUGAUAUUUCUUGAUUUGCUAGGUAAUUGUAUUGAACUUUAGUCAUUUGUCAGCAUAUGAUAGUGUAGGUGUUCAGAAUAAUGUGGUAAGAUAAAUCUCCAUGUUGUAGAAAAAUAAUUCAAAUCAGAAUUUUGUGAAAUCGUUUUCAAAAAUAGCUAGUUAAAUAUGCAGUUAUUACCACUGUUUGGGUAAUUUUUAUGUUGGGUUAUUUAAUUUAGUCUGUAUUUUUUGCAGCAAUGUAGUUUGUUGUGACCUGCAAUACAGCCAGUUUUUUCCCCCUCACUGUGCUCUAAGACCACAGCAGACACCUAACUCCUUUCUCUUAGAAUUGCCAGGUAUGAAUGACCCUGACACAGCAGGACAGCCAGCAGUCCUCACAACGAGCUGAAUUUCAACUAUAAUAUUCAGUUCACUUCACAGAUUCCUGAACAUGUCAGCUGACUUGAGCUACAUGGUUGUUUGUUUACUGUCUUGCGUAAGCCGGGUUUGUUUUUAUCCUCAUACAUCUGACAAACUUAAAGUUAAGUGGGAGUUUAUUUCCAUAUCCUUCCAAAUUUUACAUUUUUCAUGUAGUGUCGACAGAUAUAACAGGGUGCACAGUAACUUGAAGGACGUGAAAAACCCUUAUAAACACUGAUCAAAUGAAUCCCAAUAAGGAAAAAAAACUCUAUAGUUUAGAGAGGACUUGUAGUAAAAUUUAUAAAAUUAUUUAUUGGGUAGACUGCAUAAUGUUUGACAUUUGAAAAGUGUUACUUAUUUUAAGAAGACUUUUAGAAAUUAUAUUGUUUAACAUAUUACAUAUUAAAUACCAUGAUCUGUACUGGGGACACAAAAGUCACUGAAUUGUAAGACUGACUACUUAAAUGUAGCAGUGUAUGUGCAAUAUAAAUAAAAGUACACAUGAACAAAGGACAGUCAAGUAAAUUAGCAGCUACAGUCUAGUCAAGUCAAGUGGGUUUUUAUUGUCAUUCCUCUAUAAAACUUGUAUACAUUGGAAUGAAAUGCUGUUUCUCCAGGACCAUAAUCUCAAGACUACAUAACGUGCAAAUACACAAGAGUGUGAGGCGAGUGCAGGACAAACAACAGAACAAAGAACAGAACAAUGAAUACACAGGAUAAUAAAUACACAGAACAUGGGCUGUAAACUGCAAAUUAUUUGGUAGUGUAGCAUCAAUAAGUAUAUCUGUAGAAGCAAUAAGUGUAGCAUUCCAUAAAGUGUCUGUUGCAGCUUUGUAAAGUGCGGUGUGCAUGUGGUGUUGAGUCCUACUCAGUUAGGUGUUUGACUAGCCCAGAUAAGUGUUGAGAGGCAGCAGGGUGUUGAGUAAUCUGAUUGUCUCAGGGAAGAAACUAUUGCAGAGUCUGCUGGUGAUGGCAUGGAUGCUCCUGUACCUUCUGCCAGAUGGCAGGAGGCAUGAAGAGUCCAUGGGAUGAGUUAGAGGGGUCGUCCAUUAUGCUGGUGCAAUGGUCUAGAACCAUGGUUUUCAAAGAGGGUUUUUGGGACUGAUAUGGGCCUACAGUAUGAGGCAUACUGUAGACAAGGGGACCUUGAUUUUAUUUAUUUAUUUUAUUACUCACAUCCCACUGUUAUUAAUGUUAUAUUUAUUAUUAAAUUCUUUUACUGGACAAAUGAACUUAAGUGGGUUUAUUCCAAAUCUCAGCAACUCAAAAGGCCUAUAAUGUCAACUGAAUCUAAUGACAAUUUUAAUAAAAUAUGUCAGUGAUAAAUGCCCAAUAUAGGCCUAUCAUUCUACACAUGCUAAAUAUUGCACAUUUACAAUAUUUACACAAUAUUACACAUUUAGGCUACAAUAGGCCUACACGUUUUAGUAGAAAGCCUAAUAUUUUAAAAUUUAUCGGUUUAACCAAUCCAUUUAAAUAGAAUAUGUUAAUAAAAAGAAGUCUAUGCUGAGGCAGUCCAUGGAUUUUUUAAAGGAUCCCUGGCCGCAAAAAACCCUGGACUAGAUUUUGCAUAUACAAAAUUAUUAAGCGUCUAUCCCUCUUUGGAAAUUACCCUAUGAUAUGAACAGGAACAUAUAUAUUUUUACGAUACAAACGGGACGUUUUGAGGAAAUGUUUGAGAAUUUACAGCAGCGCAUUGCACACGCGCGCAAGACCCCCACCCCUUCCUCUCACUAAGUGUGUCGCGUUGCUCUGUUGCUAAGACAGGGACGCGGUUUUGCACGCGCCUCGCCCUUUGUCACAAGUUAACCUAUUGUCCAAUCGCUGCAGGCCGCUGUAAGCUUCAGCAAAUCAGAUCGCAUGUUGUUGGAACGCGGACGGGCUUGUUGUCAUGGCAACCACCAAGCUUUGAGUGUUGUGAGAAACGUGUACAUGUUGAAUACGGGUUUCCUCGUCAAGAACAGGUGAUUUCAUGAUGCUGACCUCUAAAAUUCAAGUUUCCCACUCAGCUUUGCAAAGCUUGCCUCUGAAGAUGCCAGAAGGAGUCAAGACUAAAGUAGCACCGAGAAAUCCUAAGCUGGUUAAGCGGGAGGACAAAGCCCGAAAGCUGUCUCCAUCUGUAUAUGCACAUGAAAUGUCUCAGACCACAGAGGAGAGAUUAACGAACACAUAUAAGAUGUACCCAGCUUGCAUUCUGGAGCUUUUAGACAUGAGUGAGACCACACACCACAAGUUUUCUGCUGUAGAUGUGGAUCAGCCUUUUUUCCAGCCUUACCCAUCUGAGAUUGUGUUUCAGAACUACCUGCCAUCUGAGAUGUACGAAGUGCUGCUGGUGUUACGCAAUAAUGAUAAGAUUCCUCGACUGGUGAAGGUGGUUGAAGAUGACUCCCUGUAUUUCAAAGUGGUGAGCCCGGUAGAUGUAUGCAACAAAGUGGCCCCAGGCAUGACAUCCACUUUUACUGUACUAUUCACCCCACAGGAGAACAAGGACUAUAUCCACCGGGUAAUCUUUAUGACUGAGAGGGAGAAGUUUGAGGUGCCCAUCCGGGCAAUAGGGCCACGUGCCAUCCUAGACUUUCCAGAUGAGCUGCAUUUUUCUCUGUGUCCUGUCAAGUGUUUAUCUCAGAAAACUCUCCUGGUACGCAAUAUUGGAAAAGGCGAGGCCAAAUUUCAGCUCAGCACACAGAACCCAUUUUCUGUAGAACCUUCAGUAGGGACCCUUAGUAUUGGGGAGAGCAUGCAGGUGACUAUUGAUUUUCUACCCAGAACUACAGGAGACCACAGCCAACAAUUGCUUCUGCACUAUCACACAGGAGAAGACAUUUACAUCAGUUUGUAUGGAGCCUCCACAGAUAUCAACGUGAGGCUGGAUAAAAACUCACUGUGGGUGGAGAAGACCUAUAUCACCAUGGCUAACCAGCGCACAGUGGCUAUCCUGAACAGAAGUGACUCCAUAGUGCAUUUCCAGUGGAAGAGUUUUGCCACUGAGGAGGAGGAGGAACAGUAUAGACUAAGGCUCAUUUCUGAGCUGCAGCAGGAGGAGGAUGAUGAGAUGGACCAGUUUUUAACAGAGUGUGGCGCUGACCCCAUUGUCCGAGACCACCUCUCAGUGCUCUCACGUACCUUCCAGCACAGAUGCAAGCAGCUUCAUCAGGACAGUCUGCCUUUCAGUGACCAACACAUCAUCAUAGAGCCACAGGAGGGGGACAUCUGGCCAAACCGCACAGCAGAAAUUAGCAUCAUCUUCAAACCCCAAGAAGCCAAACUUUACCAACACACCAUAUUCUGUGAUGUCACUGGCAGAGAGUCUCGUUUGCCAUUGCGUAUAAAGGGAGAAAGCAUGGGGCCCAAACUGCAGUUUAACGUUGAUCUGCUGGACAUUGGCAACAUUUUUGUUGGAUCCAAGCACAGCUAUGAGGUGCCUGUGAGCAAUAAGGGACUUAUAGAUGCCCCCUAUAGGCUCAUGCCUCCCACUACAGCCAUGGGUCUGUGCUUUUCCUUCAGCCCUCCUGAGGGCAUGGUGCCGCCUGGGGCCUGCCAUGUUCUGGAGGUCCGCUUCUCUUCUGACAAACUGGGCACAUUCUCAGAGGAGUUUUAUUUUACUGUUUCGGGGAAUCCCCAGCCUCUCAUCCUCACAUUCAGGGGGUGUGUAAUGGGCCCGACGUUUCAUUUUAACAUUCCUGUGCUCGACUUUGGAGAUGUAUCCUUUGGCUUUCCUCACACACUGACCUGCUCACUUAGCAAUACCUCAUUGGUAUCUAUGAGUUUUGGCCUGCGGAUCCCUGGAGAUGGGAUGGGGAGGGACAGUGUGACCAGUACAGAGCAGGUAACAGAGCUGGACAGGAAUGACUGGAAGCCAGGAGACAGGGCAUCUGAGAGGCCUCAAGAAUUCAGGGUGACACCCAGUUCAGGCAACAUCCGGGCUCAGAGCCAAAUGGACAUCAAGGUGACCUUGUGCUCCAAUACAGUGCAGCAAUACAGUCUGGCACUGGUGGUGGAUGUGCAUGGAGUUGGGGAGGAGGUGUUAGCGCUCCCAAUUAAGGCUAGUUGUGUUAUUCCAGAAGUGCACCUGGAGAGUUCCAUGCUUCAGUUCCAGCACUGCUUCCUGGGUUAUCCCUAUGAGCAGACCAUCAGGCUGAUUAAUGACACAAACCUCCCUGCAUGCUAUGGCCUACUAGCCCAGGAGUAUGAGGAGAACCCGUCUCUACUAUACUCUACUGCUCAUCCACGAGGAGUGAUCCAACCAUACAGUACUGAGCAGAUUCCUCUUGUUCUUCAGGCUAAAACAGUGGGCCAAGUGCAACUCACUGCUCUCAUUGCAAUUUUAGGCCAACAGGAUCCUCCACUGGAGUUGCUCCUGUCCUGCAUUGGGCAGGGUCCAAUUGUCUCCCUUUCUGCCACUGAACUACACUUUGGCACCAUCCCAGUGCUCACUGACAUCCCAAGGACGCUGCAGUUGUUCAACCAUUCCCCCAUUCCGGCCCAGUUCUUGGCACAAAUGGCUAAGAGUAACUCUCACUGGAGGGUGGAGCCAGCAGAAGGAGAGAUCCCCCCAGAGGGGCAGCUAGAACUGACACUGGUUGCCCGUCUAGAUGAUACUCUCCCCUUCCAGGACAAAUUGCAGUUGGCCAUCCGUAGCAGCCAAACCUGCACAGUACCCUUGUGGGCAACAGGGAAGGGUACCACCAUCGUAACUGAUCGGCCCUUUGCUCCUCAUCUGGACCUUGGAACCCACUUUAGCUCAGGUCCAUGCCAGUAUCACUUUAGGAUCACCAACAGAGGUCAGCGAUUUCACAGGCUUUUCUGGACCACUGAAGGCUUUCCUCACUUCCGCCGCAUAGGCCCACCAUCCGCAAAAUACCAACCACUCACUAUCUCCAGGGAAGGCAAAGCCAGGAGUCCACAGGCACCUUCAACUUUGGGUUCCCCUGUUUUCUCCCUGACACCCACAAGGUUGGAGCUUGGUCCAGGUCACUCCGUCGACAUGCUGCUGGAAGGCUCCUGUGAUAUGCCCAAAGUGGUAAGAGAAAGGCUGGUAUGCCAUGCCAUCGUCGGGAAUCAGAAUGGGAAGGAGCGUAUCAUGACAGUGGAUAUCACAUGCCAAUUCAUUGCCCCAGUCUUGAAUAUCUCCCCUCAGCAGCUCAACUUCUGUGUAGAAAAGGUUCCAGGUAUGCCCCUUGUGCCUCUGUAUGAGAGGCUCUAUCUGAAGAAUGUCUCCACAUUGGCGCUCUCUCUGGAGCUCAUCCUGGCUGAGCCAUUUGGGCUCUGUGACUGUACCAGUGAUGACUCAUUCACCUCCUCAAAGAGUCUGGUGAUGGGUAUUGGUGCUGAAGCAGAGCUGUGGGUGCGUUUCGACCCUUCGUACCAGCUGGAUUCUGUGAGCCGUGUGGCUGAGGAAGUGCUGUUGGUGAGCUACAGUGGGCACCCACAGCGGGACACCGUGGCUCUGCGAGGAGAGGUACACUUUCCCAACCUGCACUUCUCCAGCCAUGUGUUGGACUUCGGCUGCAUCCCCAACUGUACAGAAGUCCAGCAGCAGCUUACCAUGACAAAUUCCAGCCCACUCCCCGUCAACUACCGCUGGGCUUUUCUGCUGGACCAACAAUAUUACCACAUAAGGCAGAGUAGGAUCUUUAAACCUCAGCAAGAAGAAGAGGGAGUCAGUAAGAAGAUAAACUCAAUUUCUGGUACUAAAAAGGGAAGAAGAUUAAAAGAGCAACUGUCAACUUCUGGGCUGAACAUUCUUGGACCAGAGGGGCCACUUACACGCAGCUCUACUCCACAGGGACAGAACAGUAGAGCAUCUACAGCACGGAAACCCAUAGGGAUAGCGCUGGAAUGCAGCACUGCCAGUCUGACAGAUAAAGAGACCCAAAGUAUAUGUGUGGAGGAGAUAUUUGGCAUUAUGCCAAUUUAUGGGGUUCUGCAGCCUGGUGAGAUUCAGCAGGUGAUGUUCUCAUUCUUUGGCCAUGCUGACAUCAGUGCUCAAGUGCUGGCAGUGUGCAUGGUGGAGGAAGGCCCAACAUAUGAGAUUGCCCUCAAAGGAGAGGCUUCACUGAUCACCUACACCUUGGAAACAACUGACAUCAACUUUGGUCCUCUGUUAUUUGACCAUGUGGCAGAAGCAGAGAUCAUUCUGAGAAACACAGGAAAGGUGGGCUUUGACUUCAGUUUUAUGCUGGAAGAUCAGCAUGUGUCCCCUAAAGACAUCUUACCUGGACAACCACUUGUUAUUCCCAGCAGGGGCCACGUAAGGGCGAAUGAGGAGAUGAGAGCUUCUGUGUUCUACCUUCCUGGAAUCCCAGAGGUUUUUAAGAAGACGUUCCAACUACAGGUGGCCUCCUUUGAGCCAGAAAGUAUUGUGAUAAGGGGAGAGGGCAUCUUUCCUAGAGUGUGCCUGGACCUGCCCAGAGACCUAAAAAAAAUAUGCCUUGGGCCUGGGAAUGCCUGGGAAUCCCCCAGAAGGAGCUGGACUCUGUAGCUGGGGAUAGGGAGGUCUGGUCUGUCCUACUUAGUAUGCUGCUACCGCAACCCUUACUAGGACAAACGAUGUAGAAAAUGGAUGGAUGGACCACUCUUUUUUAGCCACUGCACUUGUUUAUGUCCGUUUAUUGGUGUCAACUUAUUGUAAUCCUCAGGAACCUCUGUGCCCACAGCAAAUAUUUCAAAUAAGCAGAGCUCCUGGUGUGUGGCAUGGUUGCCUAACAUAUCCUCCUCACAGUUCCAGGGUCCUCCAUUUGAUCAUAAGCUUGUGUUAUUGUCCACAAAGAGUUUGGCAUGUUUUAUCUGCAUCUAUGUGGGUUUCCUCCAGGUUCUCUGGUUUCUUCAUUCCUCCCUAACACCUACUGGUAGGCUACUUUUUUUUUUUUUUUCAAUCCUGCCCACUUGAACUGGACAUUCUUGACCAGUCCCACCUGCUAUCUCAAAAUGUUUGACCUAUUAUGACAUAUUAUUAUUUGCACA